UAUAAUUGCGUAACGAAAAUAUAAAUACCCUUCCCGAUUUUUUAAAAGAAAAAAGAAAAAGAAAAUUCACUCACUUCGCUUCUCUUAUUUUCCCUCUCUUCUUCAUCUCAAUUCUUUCUCAAUAAUUUUCAAAAGUCCGUUCUUCAAUCACGGAUUAGAGAGUGGUUUUGAUGGCUGACCAGCGAAACCCUAGCAAUGCUUAUGUAAUUAACACGAAUAAGUUCAAAUCACGGCUUAAGUUACUUUAUUCGCAUUGGAAUGAGCAUAAAGAUGAGUUAUGGGGUUCAGCGGAUGCUAUUGCUAUAGCUACUCCACCUCCAUCCGAGGAUUUAAGGUACUUGAAAUCGUCUGCCAUGAAUGUUUGGUUGUUAGGAUAUGAGUUCCCGGAGACAAUUAUGGUUUUUACGAAGAAACAGAUUCAUUUCUUGUGUAGUCAGAAGAAGAUUUCUUUGCUUGAAGUUGUUAGGGCUCCUGCUAAGGAGGCUGCUGAUGGUGGAAUUGAUGUUGUUAUGCAUGUUAAGGCCAAGGGUGAUAAUGGUUCUGGUGCUAUGGAAGAUAUAUUUCGUGCUAUGAAUGUGUCUAGUGUUGUUGGGUAUAUAGCCAAGGAAGUUCCUGAAGGUGCACUUUUAGAGAUGUGGAAUCAGAAAUUGAUGAAUGCUGGUUUUGAGCAGAUUGUUGAUGUGACUAAUGGGUUUGCUGAUUUGCUUGCUUUCAAGGAUCCUGAUGAGAUUAUUAGUGUUAAGAAAGCUGCUUUUUUGAGUUGUGGUGUCAUGAGCAAUGUUGUUAUUCCUAAUCUCGAGAAUGUUAUUGAUGAGGAAAAGAAAGUUUCUCAUUCUUCUUUGAUGGAUGAGGCUGAGAAAGCCAUUAUGGAUCCAUCCAAAGCUAAGGUGAAGUUGAGGGCGGAGAAUUGUGAUAUUUGUUACCCUCCAAUAUUUCAGAGCGGUGGUGAUUUUGAUCUCAGACCGAGUGCUGCUAGCAAUGAUGAGCUUCUAUACUAUGAUCCUGCUAGUGUAAUUAUAGUUGCCAUCGGUGCUCGAUAUAACAAUUACUGCUCAAAUGUUGCCAGGACAUUCUUGAUAGAUGCCAAUUCUAUGCAGAGCAAGGCUUAUGAGGUGCUUCUCAAAGCACAUGAGGCAGCAAUUGGUGCAUUGAAGCCUGGGAAUAAAUUCAGUGCUGCAUAUCAAGCAGCUGUUACAGUGGUUAAGAAUGAGGCUCCUGAGUUAGUUCCACACAUGACAAAAUCUGCAGGGACAGGCAUUGGGCUUGAGUUCCGCGAGUCUGCGCUGAAUCUCAAUGCCAAGAAUGACCGGGUUAUAAAAGUGAAUAUGGUUUUUAAUGUGUCCCUGGGUUUUCAGAACCUGCAGAAUCAAACCAAAAACCCAAAGAUCCAGAAAUUUUCUUUGUUACUUGCUGAUACAGUUAUUGUAGGUCAAACAAAUCCGGAUGUGGUGACUUUCAAGACCUCCAAAGCUGUUAAGGAUGUGGCUUAUUCAUUUAAUGAAGAGGAUGAAGAAGUAAAACCCCAAACUAAAGCUGGGGUUAAUGGAAUUAAUACUGUGAUUUCUAAGACAACACUAAGGUCCGAUACUGGGGAUAUUUCAAAGGAGGAGAUGCGGAGGCAGCACCAGGCAGAACUUGCCCGUCAAAAGAAUGAGGAAACUGCUCGGCGACUUGCUGGUGGAGGAGGUGCAGCAGGGGAUAAUCGAUCUGCUGUGAAGACAUCAGCUGAUUUAAUAGCAUACAAGAACGUCAAUGACAUUCCUUCUUUAAGAGAUCUAAUGAUUCAGAUAGACCAGAAGAAUGAAACUGUGCUUUUACCUAUUUAUGGAAGCAUGGUGCCUUUCCAUGUUGCUACAAUAAGGACAGUCUCCAGCCAACAGGACACCAACAGGAAUUGCUAUAUUCGCAUUCAAUUUGUGGUUCCAGGAACCCCUUUUAGUGCACAUGAUGUGAAUUCACUGAAGUACCAGGGAUCUAUUUAUCUGAAGGAGGUGUCAUUUCGUUCUAAGGACCCUAGACACAUUAGCGAAGUGGUGCAGCAGAUUAAGACACUAAGGCGGCAUGUUGUGUCUAGGGAGUCUGAGAGAGCUGAGAGGGCAACCUUGGUUACUCAGGAGAAACUUCAGCGUGCUAAUAACAAGUUCAAGCCAAUAAAGUUGCAUGAUCUUUGGAUUCGACCUGUAUUUGGUGGCCGUGGAAGAAAGCUUCCCGGUGUUCUGGAAACUCAUCUAAAUGGGUUCCUAUUUGCAACAAGUAGACCUGAUGAGAAGGUGGAGGUCAUGUUUGCCAACAUCAAACACGCAUUUUUCCAGCCUGCAGAGAGGGAGAUGAUCACUCUUCUCCACUUCCAUCUUCACAAUCACAUUAUGGUGGGAAACAAGAAGACCAAGGAUGUGCAGUUUUAUGUUGAGGUGAUGGAGUCAGUCCAGACCUUGGGAGGUGGGAAGAGAUCUGCUUAUGACCCUGAUGAAAUUGAAGAAGAGCAAAGAGAAAGGGACAGGAAGAAUAAGAUCAACAUGGAUUUCCAGAGCUUUGUGAAUAGGGUGAAUGAUCUUUGGAGCCAGUCCCAGUUCAGUGGACUUGACCUUGAGUUUGAUCAGCCUCUGAGAGAGCUUGGAUUCCAUGGGGUACCUUACAAAACCUCAUCUUUCAUUGUUCCAACUUCAAGCUGUCUCGUUGAGCUAAUUGAGACUCCUUUCCUUGUUGUCACCCUAAGUGAGAUAGAGAUUGUGAACUUGGAGAGAGUGGGUCUAGGACAGAAAAAUUUUGAUAUGACCAUUGUGUUUAAGGACUUCAAGCGUGAUGUUCUUAGGAUUGAUUCUAUUCCAUCUACAUCACUGGAUGGCAUCAAGGAAUGGCUUGACACAACAGACAUCAAGUAUUAUGAGAGCAAGUUGAAUCUGAACUGGCGACAGAUACUGAAGACAAUCACUGAUGAUCCUCAGAGUUUCAUAGAUGAUGGGGGCUGGGAAUUUUUGAAUUUAGAAGCUAGUGAUUCAGAUUCUGAUAACACAGAGGAUUCAGAUAAGGGUUAUGAGCCAUCAGAUGCAGAACCUGAUUCUGAGUCAGAAGAUGAUGACUCGGACAGUGAGUCACUGGUGGAGUCUGAGGAUGAGGAUGAUGAGGAUGAUUCUGAGGAAGACUCUGAGGAAGAAAAGGGAAAGACGUGGGAGGAGUUGGAGAGAGAAGCAAGCAAUGCAGACAGGGAGAAAGGGGAUGAUUCUGACAGUGAGGAGGAGAGGAAUAGAAGGAAAGCAAAGACUCUUUCAAAGUCUCGAGCUCCUCCUAGUAGCAGCAUGGCCAAGCGCUCCAGGUUCAGGUAGACGACGUAGGAAAAUUUUCUUUUCUUUGUAUUGUGUUUUCGUGUUUGCACAAGUACUGUUAAGUAGCAACUGCUGCUUUAGGAUGCAGUUUUCUGACCUGGCUUUGGAGCCGUUAGCUGGUGGUAGUUUUAUGUCUUCUUUUUUAUUUUUUCUCUAUCUAUUGUGUCUUUUUGGACAUCAAUGUAGGAGUAUUGGAAGAUAGAUUUUUGCUUGUAAGUUAGUUACAUUAGUUUCAAUGAAAUUAAAGUUCUAUUUUUCCACACAAA